AACUCUGUUUUGGACAGACACAAGCCAGAGGUAAUGGAUGUGUGUCUGACCCUGGCUGUGAGGGCCAUCCAGAGCUCUGGACAUCAUGAACGCCUGUCUGAAGGAGCUGAAGUGAUACAACCCCACAAUGGUGACAGAGGAGCUCUCCCUGGAGAACAGCCUUGUGAAUGCCUUCAAAAAGACCAUCCGUCACUACCUGGACCUUGUGUGGCACCAGCUGGGAGCCAAAACCAAGUCUCUGGUCCAGGACCUGAUGAUCCUACGUACUCUGCUGCUGUACCUCAUCCACUAUGACUGUGUCACCUUCCUCAGCCUCCUCGAGUCACUCCGCUCCAGCCAGAAAACUUUGGAAGUAACUCUGGGUGUACUUCCUGAUUUAUGGCGGCUGCACAGAGGAACAGAGGUACUUGACUGGUCUUGCUAAAGAGAAACAAGCCUUCGAACACCUCAUCAGGUCAGACAUCUGCUGCAUUACAUUAUGACCAUCCUAUAGUUUCCAUACCAUGUGUUGGUUUGUGAAUAGAGCAGACAGACUGGGUGUCUGUGUGUGUGAAUACAGGGAGAAGGCCACUAUUUUGGUUCCUGUGGAGAAAGGGAAGAGAAGACACCAACCUGGAUCUGCUCAGGAGUCAGGAGUCAGCAGUCAGGAGCCUGCUAACACUACCACCAACACAUGCUAAGCAGGUAAGUGAUGUGAUGACAGGCCAUACGACUUCCUGCUUCAGAUGCCAUGGCUCAAUGCUAAGAACUACAAGGCUCUGGUUAAACACGAAGAUAGCCUGGCACACCUAGCCAAACUGAGCCAGGAGAAGCUAGCACUGAUUCUGGAGCAUGCUGGCAAUGGAAAGUUGUUCUAUGACUUCCUGUAUAAUACUGUGGAUUUCCCUGCCCCUGCACAGAAAUGUAAGCAGUCAUACACUUAAAAGGAACUUAGGCGGACAUGUAAUCAGCUAUGCUCUGGUUUCACAUUCAGAGAGACUAUGGAAUGAACUGUGCCUUGUGUGUGUGGACUGAACUCAAUUAUAUUCU